AUGAGCUAAGUUGAAAAUAACUAAAAUAACGAUAACAAUAGAGUCAUCCGUGUUUACGCAGAUGGUGUUUAUGAUUGCUUCCAUUUCGGACAUGCCCUUUAAUUAGAAUAAUGCAAAAAAUUAUUCCCUAAUGUCCACUUGAUUGUUGGUGUCUCUGGUCAAGAAGAAACUGAAAAAUUAAAAGGAUAAACUCUUAUGAAUGGUUACGAACGUAGUGAAAGUGUUAAGCACUGUAAGUGGGUAGAUGAAGUUGUUUAUCCCUGCCCUUGGAUUAUCACUUAAGAGUUUUUGGAUGAACAUAAAAUUGAUUAUGUUGCUCACGAUGUUGCUCCAUACACUAGCGCUGGAAGCGACGAUAUUUAUGCUUUUGUUAAAAAAGCUGGUAAAUUCAAAGAAACUAAAAGAACUGAUGGUAUCAGCACUUCAGAUGUAAUUAUGCGUAUUUUAAAGGAUAGAGAUGGUUACACUAUCAGAAAUUUAAAGAGAGGUUACACUCGCGAAUAACUUGGUAUCAGCUAUUUUGAAGAAAUGCUUCUCAGAGCCAAGGAAUUCAUUUCUGAAUUAGAAAAGAAAGUAGUUCCUUGCUAGAGAAGAAAGAAAAACAAAGCUUAAUGA